CUCUCAAAGGCCACCUGCAGUAAAGGGGUCCGAGCCUCCUCUCCCUCACCCCGCGUGCCCGCGCAGACCCAGGCGGACCUCAGUUCUCUCCGGCUCCACGGAACGCUACACGCCCCCGAGCGGCGAGCGGCGGGCCCGGGGCGCGCGCGCCACGACCGCGGGUUGCAGUCUCCCGGCCGGCGGCAAAGACGCAUCAGACCUGGUGCUGGCGACAGCGCUUUCCCGCCAUGGCCACGGGCAGAGCCCCGAGAUGAGGCGGCCGAAAGAGGGGCAGCACCGGGAGUCUGCCUGGAAAUUUCCGCCCUCUCCCCCACCCCCUCCCAACACGUCCUCAAGUCCGGACGCCCCCUCUUGAGUCUCAGCAGACCCUCACCCAGGAACCUGUGGACAAGUUCUGUCACCUGUGCCAGGGCUGGGACUGCCUCCUAGGAACUGCCCAGGCCCCAUCUGCCUCCGCCCUUUUGCUGACCAGUCUGAGCACCUGCAAGCGCCGGAGGCAGGGAGCUGCGAGCCAGGCACCACCAAGAACACCACCACCGUCACCAUGACAACCAGUCACCAGCCUCAGGACAGAUACAAGGCUGUCUGGCUUAUCUUCUUCAUGCUGGGGCUGGGGACACUGCUCCCCUGGAAUUUCUUCAUGACGGCCACUCAGUAUUUCACAAACCGCCUGGACAUGGCCCAGAACAUGUCCUUGGGCACUGCCGAGCUGAGCGAGGACAUCCAGCCCUCAGCUGCCCCCACAGUGCCGUCGCUGGAGCACAGGCCCCUCAGCGCCAUCUUCAACAACGUCAUGACCUUGUGCGCCAUGCUGCCUCUGCUGCUCUUCACCUGCCUCAACUCCUUCCUGCAUCAGAGGAUCCCACAAUCAGUACGGAUCCUGGGUAGCCUGGUGGCCAUCCUGAUGGUGUUCCUGGUCACGGCUAUCCUGGUGAAAGUGCACAUGGAUGCUCUGCCCUUCUUUGUCCUCACCAUGAUCAAGAUCAUGCUCAUCAACUCGUUUGGCGCCAUCCUGCAGGGCAGCAUCUUUGGUGUGGCUGGCCUCCUGCCUGCCAGCUAUACAGCCCCCAUCAUGAGUGGCCAGGGCCUGGCAGGCUUCUUCGCCUCGGUGGCCAUGAUCUGUGCCAUUGCCACCGGCUCGGAGUUGUCAGAAAGUGCCUUCGGCUACUUUAUCACGGCCUGUGUGGUUGUCGUUCUGACCAUCAUCUGUUACCUGGGCCUGCCCCGGCUGGAGUUCUACCGCUACUACCAGCAGCUCAAGCUCGAAGGGCCUGGGGAGCAAGAGACCAAACUGGACCUCAUUAGUAAAGGAGAGGAGUCAAAAGCAGGGAAGGAGGAGGCUGGAACUGCAGCCCCUAACUCUGAGGCCACAAACAAAAGCCCCUCCAUCCGAGCCAUCCUCAAGAACAUCUCGGUCCUGGCUCUGUCCAUCUGCUUCAUCUUCACUGUUACCAUUGGGAUGUUUCCUGCUGUGACCGCCGAGGUCAAGUCCAGCAUCGCAGGCACCAGCGCCUGGGGGAAGUAUUUCAUUCCUGUGUCCUGCUUCUUGAUUUUCAACAUCUUUGACUGGCUAGGCCGAAGCCUUACGGCUGUCUUCAUGUGGCCCGGGAAGGACAGCCGCUGGCUUCCAAGCCUGGUACUGGCCCGGCUGGUAUUCGUGCCGCUGCUGCUCUUGUGCAACGUGCAGCCCCGCCGCUACCUGGCCGUGGUGUUUGAACAUGAUGCCUGGUACAUCCUCUUCAUGGCCGCUUUCGCCUUCUCCAACGGCUACCUCGCCAGCCUCUGCAUGUGCUUUGGGCCCAAGAAAGUCAAGCCUGCAGAGGCAGAGACGGCAGGCGCCAUCAUGGCCUUCUUCCUGAGUCUGGGACUGGCGCUGGGAGCUGUCUUCUCCUUCCUGUUCCGGGCGAUUGUGUGACCCCAGAUGGACAGAAACGGAACUGCACAGCCUGCCCGCCUCCCGCCCCUUCUCUUGACCCAGCCAGGGCUGGGCGCCAGUGACCUGGAGGUUUUCUUUUUGAGCUCAUUCUCCUGCUUGCUGUGCUGGACCCGGCUGCCUGGCAGCCUUGAAGCGGGGCAGCUUCCAUGAGAUGCACACUAGGAAAUGCUGUGGGCUUUGGGGGGUCAUGGGCAGGGAUGGGCACAGUCUCUGCACCUGGAUGAGCACCCCUACACUUAGCCAUGAGCCAUCCCUGCAGUAGGGCCUCCUGGGCUCCAAGCGGACGUGUAUACGUGUGUUGUCUGCCUGUAUGAAGGCGGGGAGCCCCUGGGGGCACAGGACUGACCGUUGUAUGGUCUGGUCUGCUAUUUCCUCUUCUUCCCUUCUCCCCGGGCAUCCCCUGCCCAGCCUCCCACACUCCUUUCCUACCCACCACACCCCCUGUACAGUUGCUAUUUUACUGCCUUUUUUAUACUCAACAGAAGCCAGGUGCCUUCAGAGGCCCUCUGAUUAAAUAAACUGUUUUUGUUUGGUUU